CAUAACCAUUUCCUUCAUCAUGAGGAAAAUCUGAGUUAGUCCUCAUAAUUGCGUAUGAUAACACUCGAAGCAAUGAAUGCACACUCGAGAGUUUUUCAGGGGUGAAAAAAUUGUCCCAUGCAGAAGUUGGGUGGAGCACGUUAAUUGCUAUCCCCCGUAAGUUCGUCAAAGAUCUUCUCACCAGAGAUUUUCUCUCACCAUCAUCCUUUCUAUCCUUUGCUUGCAUCAUCAUCAUCAUCAUCAUCUGUCUCUGAUCCAUUUCUCUCACUGCAUACCUCUCCAAAAAGUACAGCUGCUGAAGCUACAGAGCUUUCCCUCUUCUUUUUUUUUUUUUAUUCUUUUUUUUCUUUGGGGUGGGGAAUGGGGGUGUUUUGCUUUUUCCGCUUCUGUUUUUGUUUUGUUUUUUUCUUGCGUCUGAUGGGUUUGGCUGUUGGAUUCAGAGGAGAAAGCACGAGACUUUCGUUACCCCAUUCCCUCACCUUUCUCAUCAGCAUUGGGUUUGUUGUCGAAAAUGGCUAAAAAAAGCAAAGGACUUUCUUUUUCAUCUCUGAGGAGGGGUUAAAAACAGAGAGAUGGGAGAGGGGAUGGUGGGUGAUGCUGAGAGGACCUGCCAUGAACAGGAGUUGGAACAGAGAGAAUCCAGAUAUUUUGAUUGCGAUGAUUGCAGGAGGAGAGAGAAGAGAGAGAGACAUGAUGCAGCAGAUGGUGAAGGGUUGUGAGGAGGACAAAGUUGAUCAGAGCAAGGCUGUGAUAGCAAAUGGGCCCUCCAAAGCCUGUAACAUAUAUGAGUGCCUACUGCAACCAACAGUAAUCUCUCUCUCUCUCCAGUCUCUGUGAGAGUGUGUUUAGUAAAUGGGUCCAGUUCAUUCAACCCUGGUGCAGAAGCCUGCUUUUGGACUUUUUGACACUCCUUUUCUUCCUUUUUAAGGGGUCAUCUGAGAUUGAGUGUUUGUAUAAUUCAAAGAAAACCCAUUUGUGCUUUUGGCUUGUUUUCUUGUGGGCAGGAGGAAAAAGAGUCGUCCUUAAUAGCAUAGAGGCUCUCAAUCUUUUGUUUCUUGGGGCUUGGGUUUUUCAGGAAAUCCUACUUCUCUCUCCAUGCAAAGAUUGCAUUUUUAAAAGGAUAAACAACCCCACCUUUUGUAUGUUUCUUUUUCAUCUUGAGGUGUUUGGGAAGUGGUGGGGGUGUCAAAUUCUCUGCCCAGGCCUCGGGGACAUGCAUUCUCAACUUCAUUCUCUGCUUUUUUGGUCAAGGAAAUAGCUACUCUGCAAGCAAAUCAGAGGGAAAUGAACUUUGAGAUAAGAUGAAUAUCUUCAUGAGCCAAGUUUUCGCAUAAAGAAAAGGGUUUCGACAGGGUUGGGACCUAGCUCAUCUUCAUGAGCCAAGUUACGUGAGAUCCUAGGAUUGAAGAUCUUCAACUGACCUUGUCAGAAUUUUGAUGUGUUGAUGUUGCAAUGGAGCAUAAUUUGUUUGAUGUUUCGGUAGAUAUGUCAAACCGAGCCUCUUUCUUGCUGGAUGGUGUUUCGGCACACGCAUCUGCAAGCUCCUUCCUGCAGUCAGAUAUACUCAACAAGAAUAACUCAGACCACACAGUCGGGUAUCCAAUACAUUCGAACAUUCAAGGAGAAUCGAUCGGUGAUCUACAAGCUGGAAUCACCGGUUCACAGUUUAUUUCCGAUGCGUCGGUUCCCUUUCAUGGGAUCGAUGCCAUUCGGAAUGCUCCUGACUUCAAUGGAGCAAUGCCAAUUUCUCCUGCUUGUUUUCCUGCAAUUUUGGCCUCAAGAAGGGAUCUCCAAGAAAAUAUAAAUGGCUUGCCAAUUCCAUUGCCAUCAAUUGAUCUGUUAGAAGUUGGGAAUAUACCAAAUGAUGGCUCUAAUGUUUCGCAUAUGUCAUUGGGAACUUGCAGCUACGAUGAACCGGCCGGCACGUGUAAGUGGAAUGCUAACAGGUUUCAAUCAAGAACUGUCUGUCCACCUUAUCCUGUUGCCCGAAAUACAAAUACUGUUGGAUGGAUAUCAUCCGGGAACCUAAAUAUACAUAUGGGUUGUGCUUAUUUUCCCCCUAAUUCCAGUAAUGAGCUCUCACUCAGCCUUGCCUCAUCAAAGUCUUCGAUAAUUAAUUUGCCGAAUAUCUCUGAUCAGUGCUCAGAGAUAAGCAAUGCCGGUGCGAGUCACCAUUUUUCAAAUGAAAGAAGAGCAUACAAAUCAGGACUGAAUUCCUGCAACAAUAAGGAGCUUUCUCUAUGUUCUGCCUCUUACGGGGCACCUCAGUUGUCACAACUCAUAGCCGGAUCCAAGUACUUGAGUGGAAUUCAGGAAAUUCUUGCUCAGAUAGCAAGCUAUUCACUGGAAAAUCUAAACAAGGUCAGUUAUGUAAGUAGCGGGCUCGGGAGUGGGACUAGCAAGUCGCAAUUCUCAUCAGACUGUCGUGUCGAUGAAGGACAAGAACUUGAAGUUUUUGGCCAGCGACAAGAAGCCGAAGCUAAGAAAGCCCAGUUGUUGACUCUGCUACAAGUGGUCGAUGACCGAUACAACCAAUGCUUGGACGAGAUCCACACAGUGAUAUCUGCAUUUCACGCGGCGACUGAACUGGACCCAAAGAUACACACCCGCUUCGCACUUCACACCAUCUCGAUUCUGUACAAGAACCUCAGAGAGAGGAUCAGCAACUAUAUCCUUGCAAUGGGGGAGGAUUUCGGCCACUCAAGCACAGGAGAUCGGGCAAGAUCUUUUGAGGCCUCAUUCAUACAAAGGCAGUGGGCACUCCAGCAGCUCAAAAGGAAAGACCAACAACUAUGGAGACCCCAGAGAGGCCUACCGGAAAAGUCCGUCUCAGUGCUACGGGCUUGGAUGUUUCAAAACUUUCUUCACCCGUAUCCCAAGGAUGCCGAGAAGCAUCUACUGGCACUCAAAAGCGGACUGACAAGAAGCCAAGUAUCCAAUUGGUUUAUCAACGCACGUGUCCGUCUUUGGAAACCAAUGAUCGAGGAAAUGUAUUCCGAGAUGAAUCGAAGGAAGGCUCAUCACAAUGAGGAUGGAAGCAGUGGUGCUAACCAAAUCCAGAGGAGCAUCAACAUCCAAAAGUUUCGCAUGAAUUAAUUUGGAGACACGAGGACAAUUAGAGGGAUGGAUGCUUCUCGACACCUUCUAAUUGAAAACGCUCUGGUUCGGCAGUUCUGCUGUCUGAAGGAGUGAUUGCAUUUGCUUAAGUGGUUAUCGAUCAUAAAGAACGCCUUUUGGAUUUAGUCAUGUAUCAAUGCAGCAAUGUAUAGAAGGUAUAGGCCAGCGAUCCGCAUGACAUGUUUGCCUGCUGGAAGAGAUCUCAACCCAAGACCUUGUCGGCUCAAAAGGUGUAUACCUUAGGCAUCCGACUGGGAAGAGAAUGCUCAAGUCGGGAAUUUCCAUGGCUUUGCAACAUCUCCUCCGAUCACAUGCGAGGAUGCAAAUCCCCUUACUCUAUUGGUACUUAUUUUUGAAUCCCCAAGUGCAUGGACUGUUCAAGUGAUAUACAACGUGAGAACGCUAUGAAUUGAUGCCUUUUUGGAAUGGUGGGAUGAUUAGAGAAUCCUAUGAAUUUGAUCAGAAGAGAAAGAGGCCUCUUCUUCCUCU